CCCUUGUUUAUUUCCGGAAGUAAGUCGUCUUCGGUGUCAGACUUUCCAUACGGACUAUUAAACCGUAUCUACAGCGUCAAGACGACAGGAUGGCACAUUGGUUUCACAGAAACCCAUUGAAGGCUACGGCGCCCGUGUCCUUCAACUUUUAUGGAGUGGCAGGAAGUCCCGCUGCAAAUAAGAUAUGCAAUGACCUAAGGACAACAAGGGCGAGGCUGCUGGAGAUGUUUACUGAUGUCACUUGCAACCAUGAGAUGAUGAAAAAUGCCACGGAUGCAUACUUCUCCCUCCUUCAAGGAUUUCUCUUACCUUUGGAUGGAACCACACAGGAGAACAAGAUGAGAUUCAUCCAGAACUUCAAGUGGACUGACACCUUACAAGGAAACGCACCAAGUGCUCAGCAGGAUGUAGUCUUUGAACUGGUCUCCAUGGCCUUCAAUGUAGCCGUGUGGUACACAAAGUUUGCCUCCAGACUCGCAGGAAAGGAAAACGUUUCCGAAACUGAAGCAAAAGAUGUUCACCGGAGCCUUAAAGCUGCUGCGGGUAUAUUCAAAUACCUCAAGGAGGUCAGCAUCCCUCGUCUCAUCACCCCCGCUGAAAAGGGUCGGGACUUGGAAACCAGAGUGAUUGACACAUAUAUCAUCCAGUGCCAAGCAGAGGCACAAGAAGUGACAAUUGCGAGAGCUAUCGAACUGAAGCACAAUGCCACCCUCAUCGCAGCGCUGUCCUUUGAGACGGCAAACUUCUAUCAAAAAGCUGAUCACACACUGAACACCUUGGAGCCUGAGUGCAGCAGCAAAUGGAGGAAGUAUCUUCAGCUGAAGCAGCACUUUUACAUGGCCUAUGCUUACUGCUACCAUGGACAGACACUGCUGGCGAGUGACAAGUGUGGAGAAGCGAUACGGUCUCUCCAGGAGGCAGAAAAGUGUUACUCCCGUGCUGAGGCUCUUUGCAAAGAGUAUCGUCAGACCAAAGGCCCCGGCACCACUGCUAAACCAUCGGAGCAGCUGUUCUUUCUCAAACUAGGCGGCCUCAUUAGAAACACUCUGGAGAAGUGCCAGAGAGAAAAUGGCUUUAUAUACUUCCACAAGGUCCCCGCUGAGGCCCCCCAGCUGGAGCUGAAGGCGAGUUAUGGCCUGGCCGAGCCGAUCCUCUUUGAGCUCCCGCCCCUCAGCGAGCAGUGCACUCCUGAGGUCUACGCCACCUUUGACCUGACUAAGGGAGCCAAAAAUGACAAGGCCAAACCAAAGGAGGAGGAGGUGAAACCAGUGAAGGAGCCUGAUUUGAAGCCUCAGAAGGACACAGGCUGUGUGGUCUCCUAAACCUUCCACACUUUUAAGCCUCAUGCUUCAGCAUCGUCUCUUGUAAUGAUGACAUCCAUAUUUUGUUAUGUUCAUGUAAAGCUCCAUAGGAAAAAACAGUCUUUUUUGUAAUAUAAAUCCAUGCUGUUUUACAUUUAUGCUGAAAUAUGUGUAUUGUAUUUGGGUAUUACAACAAUAAUCUUUGCAUCUAUGCCAAAACCAGUAAAAGCCUCCAAAGAGCUUUUCAUAAAGUAAACUUAUAACAUUUAUAGGAUGGAACGUUCUUUAAGGUUAUUGUAAGUAAUUACAAGUUAGCUUAAAGUAAUGACUUCAAAUAAGGACUUUUUAAGGAGACAUUAUAUGGAGUGUAGAUCUAUUAAUAGUACACAAGUCGGCAUUGCAAUCCUGUUCACUGUGGCCCCUUAAAGAAGCGUCUGUUAUUUUAUUACAUUUUGCAGUUAAAGGAAGAAUGUGCAACAUUUUACUUGUAUAUAUAUAUACCACAGAACUCAGUUAUAUAGCCUGCUAUGUAAAUAUCUCUCUGAGUCAUUACUGUCAAUGAGUGAGUGUGGGCGAGUCCCGCUGGCUGUGUUGUUGCUUUUGGAGCCAUGUUUGCAUCGGGUUUACAUGGACGCCUCCUCCUCUUGCUUAUAAAAGCUGUUUAAGUCAAGGACUACAGAAAAGAAGAACAACAAAGCCUUUGAUGUCACAUAAGCGUUUUAGAUCACGGUCAUUCUGUGUAGAUUUACAUUCAGUCUGCAGCUACGAGCUAACUAAAGUGUGCUAACAUUAGCCCGCUAACAGCACAAUGCAGGACACAGGCAAUUGCAGCUCGAGCCAAGGACAGUUCUCUCCUGUGCACACUGAGGUGAGGGAGGUUGGAGGUGUGUCGAUGGGCUUCAGUAUGGCUGAGCUGUGGCCAAACAGCACUUUGUUUUAGUUUCAUGCUGGUGCUCAAGGGCGACAUCUAUUGGAUCAAAAAGCAGCACAUUCUUCCUUUAAGUGCUCUGAAGUCAUUAUAAAAUGACUUAAACAAUGACAAUCUGUCCAUGAAAUAUUAAUUAAAACAUUAACCCUGAAAUAUCGAUCUUCAAAACAUGCAUCCUCUUGAAAUAUAAAUAAGGGAUAUUUAUGUGGAAUUUCUUUGGGCCUCAUCAAAUACUGACGCACACAUUCAGAAUUAAAAAGAUGUUGGAAGUUGAUUUUCCUUUGUCAGCCUCGUGCUGAAUACUGUAAGAUGAUGAUUUGAUAAGAACUUGCUCACUGGAUGCACAUGCCUGUUGUAAACUGAUCAACAGUGAACAGACAAAGCACUAAUACUGCAUUCCUCCAUUGCUGGUGCAUUUAGUUUGUUCACAGUCAGCAUUUGAUUUAGGAAACAUGAGUUUAAACUGUAUCUCUUUUUGUACAUGAUAUGAUGUAGCUAUUGUUUUUCUAAUUAUACUCUUCAUUUAAGAAAAACGUACACGUUUAUAAGGCUGAAUCAUUCUUUUUGUUUAUUUUAGAGAUAUAUAUCUGAUAGUACUUCUUAAAUUUAUUUUAAUCAUUCUUCACAUUUGUAGUUGAACACUAAACACAAGACAAUAGUAUACAAUCCUGUGUAACUCAAGUCAAGUUUGGUGUUGAUUUGAUUUGGCGUUUCAGUGGAUAUAUCCUGUAUAACCCACUGAUUCAUUGGAGGUUUUGCUGGUACGUAAUGUAUUAACAUGAAGUGUUAUCCCUUUCCUUGAACACAGUUAAUGGGGAAUGAGCAUAAUCAAAUUCUAUGGAUUGAAAUAUGUGAACAGUGGGGUCUGAGAUUGAAUGUUCUGCUGCUGAAGAGCUGCUCCAGUCGCUUCACAGAUGUUGCCCAUUUUGUAAAUAGUCGGCCUGCUCAAUAAAAUAAAGUUGCUGAACACUUGCAUAAACCUAUUACAUACUUCUCACUCAUGUACACCACUGGAUAUGUAUUAAACGUAGCUUACUGUGAUGAAAAACAGACAAGUUUCAUACUAAAUAUAAGUGUAAAACAAGUGAACGUGCUAAUGUGCGGGGAUCUCAGAGUGAUUCGGUAGGAUUACAAAGGAUCAUGAAGUUCAUGACUGGAAAAGCAUCGCAGAAAAUAGACCAAUGCUUGUCCUUCAUCCUCUCCUAGAAAACAGUUAACUAAAAGUGUGUCAGCACAGCACAGCGUACAAUCCUGUAACUUAAUUUCACUCAAGUAAUCAUAUCCACCAGGUACAAUGUUUGCCAUGCACUAUUAUGUAACCUAUAAAACUCCAUUCUUAGGUUACAUAUUUCAAAGACACAGUCAGGGGAGCAACCAGGGAGGGAAUCUGAUUGGCCACCCGUAAAUUCUGAACUAUGAUUGACUGUUUUACUUGUCAGAGGCGGGACUUUUGAUCAGCUCUAUUUUUUUGGGCUGCUUCCUUUGCAUUUCAUUGUAGCCCAAUUUAUUGGAAAGUAUUUUAAAUGUGACUUUAAACAUGGGAAGCUGAAAUGUGUGUAAAAAAAAUGAUCUGAAGCACCUUUUAAAUAUUUGUUUAGUUCAAUUUCUCUGUUCUGUCACAUGCUUUGUAAUAAAAUGGCACGAUGUUUCAUCUGAUUGGUUGAAAACAAAUCUGAAAUUUGGGUCGCGAUUUUCGUUGAGGUGUUGUUGGAGGGUGCUGAAGCUACACCACCAGGUCUAUGCCAUCUGGAGGUCCUGAGGAAUGAGGAUAUGACAGUUUUGACUGCUUGGACACAUCCUACUUCAUAGACCUGCAGCAGUACGGCGGCGAGUUUGAGUGAUUUAAACAAAGACUUUGAGUUUGGAGAAUGAACGCCAGCAACCAGGAAAAAAGGAUUAUCCACUUCUCUAGUGGUGAAACUAUAGAGGAGGAAGACAGCGAGGAGGAAGAGGAGGAGGAGCAGGCACCAGAAGGAUGUCCGUUUAAAGAACCUACAGAAAGGGCUAGAUUUUCAUUCAAGAACGUGGCCAUUCUUGUUGGGAGGAUUUCACUAAUGACUUGUGACUUCCUAGGAGAAAGGCUAGCUGCCGCCCUAGGACUGAAUGCAGCCAAAUACCAGUACGCCAUAGAUCAUCAUGAUCAUAACCACAAGACUCAAAAAAGCCAGACCCCGGACAAUCCCAUGGAAGAAGAUGCAGAGAUCCUCCAUGUCUCUCAUGGAUGGGACGGGAGUCAUUAUGGUGCCACAGGAGAUUCAGGAUGCCCUGCUGAUUCCCAGAAUGAGAAAACAAAUGAAGGACACCACAACAGAAGCUAUCAAGCAGAUGUGGAAUAAGACUGAAGGAAGGAAAGUUUUAAUUGAGUUUAUGCAGGAGGAAGUGUACAAUGUGUGAAUUAGACAAUAUGUAUGUGGGUCAAUCUGUAGAGUAUUAGUUUAUAACUUUUCUAAGAAAAAAAUCCAUCUGACAAACUAAAAGAUUUCAAUGACAGUUAAAAGUAAAGCAUGAGGUAAGAUCGUGAUGUAACAUCUGUAAACGUUUUCACUGCAUCUAAUUAUUAUUGUACCUUGUAUUGUUGUUGUACCUUAUUCAAUUACACGUGACAAAUAAACAUGAUUAUUAAGCCAAAA